CAUCGUGCAAGAAAGCUUUUUAAUGCGUUUCGAGCUUGCAUAGUGUAUCGGUAGAACAAAAGAGUGAAGAUAUACCAAAGCAGAGAGCGGAUGUCUGAUUACUCAGGUGAUGAGAUAUAUCGGGGUUGGAUUUCCAACCUCGAACAUAGGGUCAGAGUUUUUCUGGCCCUAAGAGGCGAAUGACCUAAAGGUUAAAGCUUCUAUGAUCGAAACAAAAGAAUGUUUAACACUCUUUCACACCCUAUCGGGAAGAUGUCGGCUCGAAAAUGCCUUGUUUGAUAUUCCUUCGCUCUGUUUCUCUAGCGAUGCAUAAUGUAAACAUAAAGCUUUUUUUUAUGUCGACGCGGUUGAUGCAAAUGGUGCAGAAUUGUCCGAUGACGGGCCGAUUGAAGCGCUACGAUCGGCCCUAUAUCGUGCUCAAUCGGUCCGAUAAUCGGACCGAUGAUCGGACUUAUGCGGGUCUACAAAUUUCACUGGGUAUAGUCACUCAUUUUCGGUGACGUUUGAAAAUUUCACUCGCGAUUCGGGCUUCUGAACAAAAUGGGAAAUCAAGUCUCUGCUGAGCCUGGUCUCAAAGCGGAGCUGGAAGCGGCGUGCAAAGAAUGCGAUGGCAUCCACAUGCGUCUGCGGACGCAGAACGCCCAAAUGGACGCACUAAGACUGAAAUAUUCCGAGCGAGAGGAUGAGCUAAAUCUUAAGUACCAGAACUUAGAAGUAGAGCUGUUAGAGGUAAACGAAAAACUGAAGGAGGUACGCCAGUUGGCCCAUGAGCUGAACAGUCAGCUGCUUGAUGCCAAAUCAGAGGCGCAAAAACUGCAGGAAGAACGUGAUAAGCUGCUUGAGGAACGGGCCGAGGAACAGAAAAUCAUUACGGAGGCCCUGGAAAUUGCUUUGAAGGAAAGAACACAGGUAGAGGUGAAAUGGAAGAAUGAUUUCGAGCGGUUACGUACCGUGCAUUCCGACCGGGAGGAACAUCUGAUGGAGGAUUGUGAGUGGAAGAUUCGGUCGAUGCAGAAACAUUGCAAGGAAAAGUUGGAGGCCGCCGAGCGAGAGCGCGUGUUAGCACUGGACAAAGCAGUUCGUUCGGAACAGGACGCGAAAAAACAUUUAGAAGAGGUUAAACAUCUGCGAUCGUAUGAGACAGAGGUUUCACAGCUGCGAGGACUAACCUUCGACCAAAAGGAAGCCAUCACAGCCAUGAGUCGACAGGUUGACAAAUUGAAGGCAGAGCUUGAGAUCGCGAACAGUAAAUUAGAAGCCGAACUUGUGAAAGUUCAACAAAUCAAAAGUCGCUGUGAAUAUCAACUGUGUGAAAAAGAACGGGAGGCUCUAAAUCGAAUUGAGAUUGCCCGCGGUGAGAUUGCCAUGCAGUGGGAAGAUCGGCUACUUCAGGAAAUGAGUCGGUUGAAGUUCGAGCUAGAGCAAAUGCACAUGGAGGAACGAUUAUCCGCGAUCGCGAAACUCAAAAAGGAAGCCCUGGAAGAGACAGAAGCGCUUACCCACAAAUUCACUACACGCGAGAAACAACUGAAGGAUGAGAUCGAUUCGCUUAAGGCGAAACUGAAAAAGCAGAAACAAGCGAUGGACGAUGCACAAACGGAAGCGGAUUCAAAACUUAUGCAGUCGCGAAUGUUUGUAGAACGAGCGGAACGCGAACAUGAGGCAAUUCUUGACAAAGAAGUGUCUAAAAGGGAUCAAAUUAUUGAAAGUCUGAAAGAACAGUACGAGAAGGAAAAACAGGUCAUGGAACAGCAUUUUAGCUUAAGGAUACAACAGGUACAGGAGGAAUUCGCUCGUGAACUAUCGGACACUACGGAGCUGCUGAAGUUGACCCACAAAAAGGAACUGGAACAACAAUGGAAACAAUUGGUACAUGAGAAGGAAGAAGCGCUGCAGUUGAUGGAAUCCCGACAACGAACCCGCAUGGAGGAAGCUGAAAAUAAAAUCAGAGAGCUAACGGUCGGCCAUCAACGGCAGCUCAAGGACCUUCAGGAAGAGCACCAGUACGAGGUUAGCAGGUUGGAAACGCGUGACAUGAAAAACGCACAAGAAAUCACGACCCUACACAAAAAAUGUCGAUGUCUAACGAAUCUUUUCGAGGAAAUGCGAAUGCGAUACGAACGUCGUGAGCCUCGCCGGGAAGAUCUGCAACAAAUUGAGGAGCUGAAAAGUGUGAUUGAGUCACAGGAUCACGAUUUGCGAUUACUGACGGAGCGACUUCGAGAGAUGCAGCUGCAGGAGGAGAAAAUGCUGCUCCAGCAACAGCUGAUGAAUCCUCCACAGCCUCCACGAAGAGCUAAGAAUCGAGGGAAACAGAAUCAAAUCAAUGACCUGCCGGUAUCCGAAGAACAACAGCAAUAUCCACAGGAACAGCAACCGGUAGCAAGCUCAGUUGCCAUUGUUUGUGACGGUAUCUAUGAAGAGAAUGAAGCUGAUUUAAUGAAAGAAGAAGAAGAAGAAAAUCAAGAAAAAGACGAACAAAAUCAAAUACUUGUAGUCGAUAUACCAGAAUCGGCCAUUCAAACCGAAACAACUUUAAUUCAAUCAACCGAACCUUUGAUUAUCGAUAAUUUACCACAAGAAUUAGUUCCACUCUCGGAAAAUGGAACAGCUCCUGAACUCUUAACUGGCUCAAGUUCGACUCUAUUGGAAAUUCAAAUAAUAGAAAGUGAACAACUACCCGAGUCGCGAACGGAAAAAAUGGUUCCCAUACCCACACCGAUGAUCGUCAUUACCGCAGAUCCUUCAACAGACGCUGACGAAGAUGUGUCGGUUUGUACCGUUGUCGAGCUUCCGUCGCAACCAACAGAUGAUCUACCUCCUGCAGUAACUGGACGCCUAGAUGUAGUGGAAUCGCAGCAGGACGUACAACAAAUAAUGCCAGAGACGAAUGUACCGGAUGUCAUAGCGGAAGCUGCCUCUUCUAUUGUUGAUGAGGUUUUGACUGAAGCCGUUGAUGUCAUUGUGUGUAAUCCUGGUCCAAGGUCCUCAUCGACGUAAUGGCAAGUAGGCAUAGGCUUGCUAGAUGAUUGUUUGGAAGUACAUGUGCUCACUGCUUCAUUUUAUGAUCUAUAUUCGCUAGUAAUAGUACUGUUGGUAUUUUUAUUUAGUAUUUGAAAUAAACAUCUACUUCAGUUGGUUUAUUGAAGAAAAAUU